AUGAAUAGAGUCUUGGCCAAAUUCGUUCCCCUCUCCAAAUUAGCAUCCAAAUCGACGUUCUUCUCGCAUUCAUGGGUGAAUUCAUCGUCUCUUGUCACCAGCAGCACCGCCUCCAGAAAAAUACAGCGGAAAAAUGGAUACGCUGCUCUGUGGAAUCCAACAAUAGACGAGCUCAAGUUUUUUUCUGAAUCCUCAGUCCCGCGCCCUCCUCGGAGAAGAAACACUUUCUUUACUUACGGUUUUGGGUUGGAUCAUCAGUACGACUACAAGGUGAUUAGAUUUGUCAAGUAUAUGUUUCUUGACGAUUAUACUGAAAAUAUUCUAGUUGAGCUGUACUCACUUAAAAGUGAUUCCUGGAAGGAAGUCAUGUAUCCCCAUUUCCCUAUGGCUCCGGCAAAUCAAGAGGGUCACUUUACGGCCCCGAGAAAUCAAGGGGUUCACAUAAAUGACAUCCUUUAUUGGCUUUGCGAUGAUGGAGUUAUCCUGUCCUUUGACUUGACUACUGAGGAGUUCCCUUCCACACCUCUUAUUCCUCUGUCCCAAACUUAUCCUCUUAAUUGUUGCAGUAAUAAUGUGCUUCUUGUUGAGUAUAACGGGCAGCUCGCCACUAUUGUCCACAGUCGUUUGGAAAAAAAGUCUUGA